AUGGCUUCUCUCAAUCUCUCGUCCAAUGGCCCCUCGAUAUCGAAAAGUUAUCAGACAGUGGUGAAUGCACCACCCCCGUCUGGGAAUGGGUCUCCCACUUAUGGCCAAUGGGCUGUCUACUCGGUUUCUACCCCGCUUGUCAGUGCCUUCCAGCACGAUGGAGGCAAGGAGAGUGUCCUUAAGGUUCAGAGCACCGGAGAGGGUGAAUUGGCCGAUCUCAUCGAGGAAUUUUCCGAAGGGCGGGUGCAAUUCGCCUUUGUGAAGGUGACGGAUUCCAACACCGGUCUUCCCAAGAACGUUCUCAUUGGCUGGUGUGGAGAAGGUGUGCCGGAGCGAACAAAGGGUUACUUUACCAGCCACUUGGCUGCAGUUGCCAAGUUCCUUCAUGGAUACCAUGUGCAGAUCACAGCCCGAGCAGAUGGGGACCUGAGCCCCGAGGGCAUCGUCCAGCGGGUGGCAGAUUCCUCUGGAUCCAAGUAUUCAGCAGGCGAGGCUUCUGCCCCAACCCCAGCCCCCCGGCCUGCCGUGGCUAGCAAGCCUGCUUUCACACCGACUCGAUCUGGGGGUAUCACCCCCAGCCCAGUUACCCGCACACAGCCCACACCUUCAAGAGCUGGCCUGAACGAUGAUGGAUGGGGUGCAGAUGCCCCUCCCGUGACUCGCACGCAAUUGGAAAAGGUACAGCCGGCUUACCAGCCCACAAGAGUGAACCUGCAAGAACUCAAGGCAAACCCCACAGCGAGUCGCCAAUCUGCCGCUACCGCCUCGGAUGACUCUAGCGACGUGGUUAAAGGUGGUUACCAGCCAGUGGGUAAAGUUGAUAUCGCUGCAAUUCGGAAGCAAGCUGCCGCAUCCGGUCAGCUGAAAGAUGAGCGCCCGGCAAUUAUCAAGGGCUCUUAUGAACCCGUUGGCAAAGUUGACAUCGCUGCCAUUCGAGCUAGAGCACAGAAGCCGGAAGGCACCAGUGACAAUGUCACACCAACCACCGCCGUCAACCAACAGCCAACAACCUUGCCCGAGCGACCUGCGCCCUCUAUUGCCUCGGAGCGCUUGACCAGCCUACCUAAACCAAAGGUUGCCAACAAGUUUGGCUCUAGCCCCUCCUUCCCAGGAACAAAGCCACCCCUCCCAACUGGUCUGGGGCCUAAGCCAACCACGAGCGCACAGAUUGGAGCUGCAAGCCGGGGCAAGACACCAGCUCAAAUCUGGGCAGAGCGCAAGGCCAAGGAGCGCGGAGUGGCUUCGUCAUCCGGAAGCACCGAGCCUACCCCGACCCCCACCCCUGCCCCGAUUCAAAGCCAAACUAGUGGCCAGACCGAGUGGAAGAGCUCCUACGCGGGCAAGUCCUGGGCUCCUGUUCAAACCGCACAGGAUAAAUCACAUGUUCCCGAACAGCCUGUUGAUGCAAAGGCCAAUGAUCAACAAGAGGACCAACCGCAACCUCAUGUGAGUGACAUUCGUGACCAAUUCGCCCAUGACACGCCCGCGCCUGCACCUGCGCCCGCGCCACUUGCUCCUCCUGCUCCUCCUGUUCCACAGGCCAGUCGCCCUGUUCCUGUACCAGGACUAUCCUCCGGGCCUAUCGAGUCCGAACCUGAGAAUGACGCCCACCAGGCUCUUCCUACUCCCCCACCGCAGCCCCCUCGCUCCCCGACACCCCCCACUCCCCCGGUGCGUGAGAGCUCGCCGAUUCAAAUUGCCAUGCCGGUUGGCCGCAGCGCCGCCGACAGCGUUACGGAUGCCCACGAGGAACAGCAUUCUCCUCCCCCUGCUAUGCCUGUUCGGAGCCUCCAAGAGGUUGUUCCAGACGAAAGAGAUAUUGAGGAUGAUUCUCACGAUCUGGGCCGUGCUACGGCCGAAGAAACUGCCCCUCAGCAGCAGCAUGAGCAACCCGAAGGCGGACCGCGAGCUCUGAUCCAGUACGACUACGAGAAGGCCGAGGAUAAUGAGAUUGAAUUGCGAGAGGGAGAGUAUGUGACCGACAUUGAAAUGGUGGACCAGGAUUGGUGGGUAGGUGUCAAUGCUCAGGGUGAGCGUGGUCUCUUCCCGGCCAACUAUGUGGAGAUUGUGGAAGACAACGAACCCGCGUCACACGCAACAGCUGGUUCCCACCAUUAUGAAGCAGAGCCAGAGCCAGAGCCAGAGCCUGCUACUGCCUCCGUCCCAGCCGCACCCACCCCUGCCGCGGCUGCUGCACCGUCGGCGGCUACUCCCAGCUCCAAGGGUGUCACAGCUACAGCUUUGUAUGACUAUGAAGCCGCCGAGGAUAACGAGAUCGGAUUCCCUGAAGGCGUGAAGAUUACCAACGUGGAAUUCCCGGAUGAUGACUGGUGGCUUGGUGAGUACAAUGGCAAGCAAGGUCUAUUCCCUGCCAACUACGUUCAACUGGACGAGUGAUUGGAUCAUACAUAGAUACUCCAACUUGAGCAAUGCGACAAGGGGGACAUUCAAAUUCUAUUGAUUCGCCGAAUUAGAUCUAACUAUGUAUGUAUCCUGGAUUCUUCUCGAGUAUCAAAAUACCCAGUUCACUACCAA